AUGUCAUCAGCAUCUCGUUCUCUCCCGGACACAGUCAAAAUCAUAGUUAUGGGACAAUGCCACUUCAGGAGUGAGAUAUUCAGUAACCAGCCAUCAUCAUUUAAUCAUGCGGUUUCAGCAAAGGAUAUCAUCGCUAAAGUUUUUCUUUGCCAGUAUCUCCUCCAAUACUGGGAUGACACAUACGACCCCACUACGUCUGGGACCUAUUGCAAGCAAACUGUUGUAGACGGUAAGGUCGUUUUGGUAGACGUUCUAAACCUCUCCCUUGGAAUCUGCUCUCGAAAAGAUGAAUUUGGGCCCGUGAUACAUCAAUAUGCCAAGAGCAGCGACGGUUUCAUCUUUUUGUACGACGUCACCUCACGCGAGGGAUUGAGUUGUAUCCUGGAAAUCCAUGAGGCUUUCCUUCGUCACACGCGCAGCGCAUCAACAUUCGAUUGCUGCCUAGGACCACCUUUGCCUCUAUAUGUGCAGUCAACCAAACGGCUCUACCAGCUUGAAAGUUCGAAAACAUUGAAGCAAUUCACUUGUUUCCCGCGGCUACCGCAUGAGCUGCAACUUGCUGUCCUUCGCGCGGCCCUUGUAUCUUCUGAUCCCGUGGUUCUCCCCACACCGCACAUCAAUGGGAUCAAUAUAAAUAUCCUGAAAGUAUGCAAGCUCUUCCAUGAAGAAGGCACGCGAAUCUUCUGGAAGGAAAACAUUUUUACAUUCUGGAAGCCAUUCUGUAUCGUCGCUGAGACAGCGUUUGUAACGCCUGCCAAAUCACGGGCUGUUACUACUGAGGAAGGGCAAGAACUUGCGUACCGUCUCGGGUGUAACUUUGUGGAAUUGUCAUCUAAAUCCUAUGGUGACGUUGAGAAUGUCUUUACAGGUCUUAUUCGCAAGCACAGAUCACGAAUCGCGGAGGUAUCUCGUCCAUCCGGUUACAUGCCACGAGGUCAAAAUCUGGUCCGCAUUGCUCAUGUCAGGGCUCUAAUAAGAGCUAUUCGCUCGCUGGUGAGGACUUUUAAGCAGCGGACAUCUCGCAUUUUUACUUGA